CGACCCGUUGCUGCCCGGAGUGAGGGAGGAAAUCCGUCCGUCCAGUUGGCCAGGCUUUGGGUUUUCCGGCCGAGCGGGGAGAGAAAGGCAGCCCGCUGCAGGUCGGAGUCCAGAGCGGGAGACCGACGCAACCGUGGUCGCCGCCUUCAGCGGGGCUGGAUUUGGCCGGCGAAAGGCUACUCACAGCUUGGAACUGACUGUUCAUCGGAUGCUGAGUGUACUUUCUUUGUUUAAAGUCAUAAUUGUAACCACUAUGUUGUCAUCGUCUGGCAUAGCUGUAAGUGUGACUUGACGUCUUGAAGACUGCAUCCAUGGCCAUUGGAUGAUCUGAUAAACCAUGGAGCUGAAGGUAUGGGUCGACGGAGUGCAAAGGAUCGUUUGUGGUGUCACUGAAGUUACCACAUGUCAGGAAGUUGUUAUAGCGCUUGCUCAGGCUAUUGGGCGUACUGGAAGGUAUACCUUAAUAGAAAAAUGGAGAGAUACAGAGAGACACUUGGCACCUCAUGAAAAUCCUAUAAUUUCCUUGAACAAAUGGGGACAAUAUGCAAGUGAUGUGCAGUUAGUAUUGAGACGUACUGGGCCAUCCCUCAGUGAGAGGCCUACUUCAGACAGUGUUGCCUGGAUACCAGAACGAACUUUGUAUCGUCAGAGCCUGCCACCGCUGGCCAAGUUAAGACCUCAGAAUGACAAGUCGAUAAAAAGGAGGGAGCCCAAAAGGAAAUCUUUGACGUUCACAGGAGGGGCCAAAGGAUUAAUGGACAUUUUUGGGAAAGGCAAAGAAUCUGAGUUCAAGCAAAAAGUUAUCCAUUGCAAGGCAACUGUUGAUGAGUUAAAGAAACUGAUCCACCUCCAGACAGAGAAACUGCAGGCUAUUGAGAAGCAGCUGGACUCAAACAAUGCCGAGAUCAAAUAUUGGGAGCAGAGAUUCAGUUACAGCCUUGAAGACGAAAUUGUCAAACUGGAGCAGAGGAUCAAACGGAAUGAGGUAGAGAUUGAGGAGGAGGAGUUCUGGGAGAACGAGCUCCAGAUUGAGCAAGAAAAUGAGAAGCAACUGAAGGAGCAGCUCCAAGAGAUCAAACAAAGGAUUUUGGACUGCGAAAGCAAGCUGAAGGAGUAUGUGGCCCAGAUCCAUGGCAUGGAGAGCGGCCUUGAGGCUGAAAAGUUACAUCGGGAAGUGGAGGAGUCAAAAAUAAAUGAAGACGAAGUAAAAGAAAAGAUUGAGAGGGUGAAGGGAGAAAUUGACAUUCAGGGACAGCAAAGCCUCAGGCUGGAAAAUGGAAUUAAAGCUGUUGAAAGGUCUCUGGGCCAGGCCACCAAAAGGUUACAGGAGAAAGAACAAGAACUAGAGCAGCUGACGAAAGAGCUGCGGCAAGUCAAUCUGCAACAGUUUAUCCAGCAAACAGGGACAAAGGUUACUGUGCUGCCUGCCGAACCCACAGAAUUGGAGGCUUCUCACCCAGAGCUUGAGAGGGAAGCACCAUUUCAGACUGGAUCCCUGAAACGUCCGAGUUCAUCAAGGCAACUUCCUAGCAAUCUUCGGAUCUUGCAGAAUCCACUCUCCUCUGGUUUUAACCCAGAGGGCAUUUAUGUAUAACAGUAUAUACCUCUUCUGGAGAGGACCUAUGAAGGUACCAUGGACCAUAUACACCUCCCUCCUGUUGUAUUUGUCCUCCUGGCGAUUUAUGGAGGGUUAAAAAAGAAACUUCCUUUCAGAGGCCACCCAGUGUUAAGUGUGUGUGUGUUUUUUAAAUCAGAUCUACAACAAGCUUUGAACCCUGCCUCAUGCACUGAUGAAACAAAGAACUCAAGGAACUGUGGAGGCGCACUUCAACCAUGUUACAAUUGCUGCCGAACAGUAUGGUGAAAAUAGCUUCCUUUUUUAAAAUGCUAUUUCUGAAGAAUUUGGAAAAGUAUUAUUCCUUUGCAGGCAUAAAUGGCUGACCAGAGUGCAAGAAACUGUGUGGAACUGAGUUAGGGCUUAAUUUAUUACAUUUAAUCAGUAGGUGUAUGAAUGCUGACAAGUAAAAUGGCUACCUACAUUUCUUGACAGGACUACAUGUUAAGCCAGUCCACUGCUGCCUAAAACAGCAUCCCACGUUAAGUACUCUCCCUUUCCAUUCACACAUGUAGAAUCAUUUCUGUCAGUGGUUCCCAACCUUGUGUCAUCAAGUGUUCUUGGACUGGAGUUCCCAGAAAUCCUGGACAGCACAGAAA